AUGGCGGCUCCACAGUUGAUUUUCGUCGACGGCUCGUUUGCCGAGCUGGCGCAGGAGAUGGCCGAUUACCUCCACGUCGGCGACAAGGUGAAGCCGUAUCUCGACGACGAGAAGAAUGACGAGGCGCUACAUCUGAUUGUCCAGGCCUCGAACCACCUCAACUCGGUCCCGGAGAAGGAUUUCGCUGGCGCGUACAACCUCUUGAUCCACCUCGUCCUGCAGUCAAAGGACCCCAAGAAGUUCCUCCCCACCGUCUGCGGCAACCUCCAAAAGCCCAUCACAUCGUCCCCGGUACACGGCUUCACCCUCGCCAUCAACGCCCUCAGCACCAUCUUCAACCUUCUUGAGCGGAACAACCCGCUGCGAUACAAUGUCUUUUUGCAGAUCAUCCGGCUCAUCCGACAGCACGGCCAGUACGAGGUGCUCAAGCCGCGGUUAAAGAACCUGGAGGGCUGGUUCGAUGCGUGGGACACGACUGAGGACGACCAGCGCAGGCUGCUUGUUGAAGUAUCAGAUGCCGCCGCGGACGCUGGUGACGAUGAGGAGUCGUACCACUACCUCGUCAAGGCGCUCGCCACCUUCGACCGCGACGAGCAGGAGGAGAUCACUUCGGAGGAGGCCCAGAGGCUCUCGUUGAAGGCCGUCCGCAUGGCCAUUCUGUCCCCGACACGGUUCGACUUCCAAGAUCUGCGCGCUCUCCCGACCGUCCAAGCGCUUAGCGACUCACAGCCCGUUUACUCGCAGCUGCUCGACAUUUUUGCCGAGCAGGAUCUCGAGGACUACAACGACUUCAGAGAUGAGCACGAAGGCUGGAUCGAGAAGGAGAAUCUCGACCAUGAGAAACUGCAGCGCAAGAUGCGCCUCCUUACCUUUGCCAGUCUGGCGGCGAGCACACCGACCCGCGAGAUCCCGUACGACAACAUUGCCAAGGCGCUGCAAAUUCCCCCGGAGAAUGUCGAAAUGUGGACGAUUGACGUGGUUCGGGCCAAGCUGGUCGAGGGCCGGCUGUCUCAGCAACAAAAGGUCUUCCUGGUCCACCGGACCACGUACCGCGUAUUUGGCGAGAAGCAGUGGCGCGAGCUGGGCACCCGGGUCGACCAGUACAAGGCCGUCGUCGACCGGCUCAUCUCCCACCUCCGCAAAUCGCAGGCAGAUGUGGAGAGCCAGCGCGAGCGGGAACAGCAGGAGCUUGAGCGGAAGCUCGCCAACGCUGGCAUCAGUGGCGGCCAGGGUGGUGAUCGUCGCCGCCAACAGAAGCAGCGCACCGAUGAGGACGAUUGA